AUGCUUGCUCUGGCGUCUGCGGCUGUGACGUCAGACAAGCCCUGCUUCCCCGGAUGUCAGAUAGCCGACUGGUCCGCCUGUAUGGGUGACAUUACCGAGAUAAAUAUCAUGCAACCCGGUAACACCGGUCAAGUGGCCUGUCUGGCAUGUACUACAACCCCCACCCUGGUUCUGGGUAUGGCUUGCUUGAAUGACACUCCACGGGGAUUCGCUGUGAGAGGCCGUCCGCUCCAUAUGUUGUCAGAACUGAAGCCCCCACACUUCUGUGCGGCCAGGGUGGCGGUCCUGGGUCUGAUAGAUGGUAACAUCACCGACGUUGACAUGUCUGAGUCCUCCCUGGUGAGUGGGUUCACAAGUCUGCUCAAGUUGGCUCUGAACUCUAACAACCUCAAGCAUGUCAGGCGGAGUUGGUUCAAAGGUCUGGAGACACUGUCCCAUCUGAGCUUGUCCAAUAACCAGAUCGAUACGAUCGAGCCAAGCUGCUUUGCGGACCUGCCCCGCCUUGUCCUGCUGAAUCUGGACCACAACCUCCUGCAUGCUGUUGAAGCCGACUGGUUCCCGAGGUCUCACAAGCUGGCUGAUCUUUACCUCAGCUCUAACCGCAUCGACAGGGUCCCUGCAGACGCUCUGCAAAACCUAGAGGAUCUCAACGGACUCAGCCUCGGGAAAAACCCCCUCUCUUGUCUCCACAAUGAAGCUGUCUGUGGCCUGGACAACCUGAGACAGCUCUAUAUUAGCGGUAACAGGAUGGUGAUGAUGAAUGGUGGAACAUCAAGUGGAGUCAUGUGGAGUCUAGUCCGCAAGAACGACUUCCGCAGUGGUGAUAUUGUGAGACAGAGAAUAUCCUUCGAGGUACCCCAUGUCCUCCUCUGCCUGGCGCAUGACCCUGACAAAAACGAGCAGUACCUGAAGUGGAUGUUUGCUGCGUCCCCGGCCGUCCCUCGUCAUACGGACAAUGGUUUUCCUGACUCCUGUAGUGUGCAUGUGUGGGGUGAUUCUCAGUACACGGAGAUCAUCAGACAGCCGCCGUUCGUUGUUGUUGCCGGAGUUUCAGACGAGAAUGUCCAGAACCGUCCCGAGCAGUGCCGAGAGAUGUGGGGACGCGAUGGCUUAGCAGUGGAGCUAAAGGGUGGUUCAAACCUGAACAUAGUUUCCGUUGGUGUUGGCGACCCUGCCUUGGCUAGUGUUGCUUUGAUGGUUGACACUGCACAGAACGCUGACACACACCCUCCCACACACACAUGGAAGCUACAGGAUGAUGCACUUUCAACAGACACACAGAAAGUGAGCUGCACCCUGCUCACAAAGCUCGGCCCUCGGCAGCUGUAUUUCAGCUCCUCCAAGGUUGGAAUGAAGCCACGGAAAACAUGCCCAGUCAGCUCCCAAAGCCAGACUUCCAAGCAAGGAAACCAGACGACGUGGCCAUCGGUGUCGACACACGCGUUUAGCACUCCUCCCAACUCUGACCACUCUACACCAUCUCCAUGGCAACUGUUCCUACUCGAAUGCUAUUGGCUCCUCCCGGUCAGUGUCACAGUAGGGUUGCUUUUGUCACUGGCGCUAACGGCGUGGUUCUUGCUGUACAAACGACGACUGAACAACCUGCCAGACGACAAUGCGCACGUGUGGGUAGUCCCCGGUGGUAUGCCAAAGGCAGCUUCCCUGCCACUCACGGCUGGUACAACUAAGAAGGUGCGAGGUGAGCAUUUGUCCCGCUUGUCACUACCCGCAGUUCUCCAUACGAUCGAGCCUACCUACAGCGAGAUCCCAGAUGCUAUAGCUGCUGCUCAUCGGCCUCUGCCUGCCCUCCCACACACGUACAGCGAGAUUCCGGACGCCGCUACCUUCGGUCUUGUUCGCUCAGCCUCCGUCCCUCCCACAUCAACCACUCACGGAGAGGUUACUAGUAGUGCGAUCGUCCAUAGGUCACUGCCUUCUGGUCUCCAUUCGAUAGAGCCUACCUACAGCGAGAUUCCAGAGGCUGUAGCUGUUGCCCGGCGGCCUCUGCCUGCCGUCCCACGUGCGAGCUGGGAGAGCCAGGAUGAUGUGGCUGCUCCCCGGCCCCAGUCUCUGCCUGCCCGUCGUCAUACGUAUAGCGAGAUCCCAGAUGACAGGGAUAGCGGGCCCGUGUCUGUCUUUACCCGGGCUGCUUCAGAGGUUCACGCAGUCACAAACAGGGGGAGGAAUCGUCAGACCUACCAGAACAACGUCCUAUCGACGCCUAGCAGAUACAUCCCCACGUAUGGAGCGGCCAGGCAGACCAAGGCCCGACCUGUAGCCUUGUACAAUUGUGCUGAAGUUCAAGACGUGCGAGGUGGUAGAGACCCGAUAGCAAGAGGGCUGAGACACCAUGGCACACCACGACGUCUGUCCCUCCCCACCGUCACACUACCUAACACCUACUGGCCAUGGGAGAUCCCAGGGGAGGGAAUACCUAACACACCACGGCGUGCGUCCCUCCCCACCGUCACACUACCUAACACCUACUGGCCAUGGGAGAUCACAGAUGAGGGAACCCGUAACACAGCACAGCCUGUGCCCCUCCCCCUUGGCACACUACCUAAUACCUACUGGCCAUGGGAGAUCCCAGGGGAGGGAAUACCUAACACACCACGGUGUGCGUCCCUCCCCACCGUCACACCACCUAACACCUACUGGCCAUGGGAGAUCCCAGGGGAGGGAAGCAAUAACACAGCAGAGCGUGCGCCCCUCACACCACCUAACACCUACUGGCCAUGGGAGAUCCCAGGGGAGGGAAGCAAUAACACAGCACAGCGUGCACCCCUCCCCCUCGGCACACUACCUAACACCUACUGGCCAUGGGAGAUCCCUCGGGAGGGAACCCGUGACACCGCACAGCGUGCGUCCCUCCCAUUAACACUACCUGUCACACAUUCGGAUCCUUCCCCCUACAUCAACCAACAAAGGAUAGCUGACCAGAUUUAGGCCACGCCUAUCUUCCUAUUCCCACAAACCCACAGCCACCCAAAACAAGACUUAUACAGAAGUGAUGAAGCAUUUAAUUGUUGACGGACAUGUUGGUGUCCUUGAUUUUUAAAGGACAGCUAGUGGUUCAAGCUGUAAACGGCAUUGUAAAAAUUUCAUCGGCAAAUUUUAUGCAUUCUUCUUGUAACUUUGUAUCUGUCAUGUCAGUUUGUUGGUGUUCGUAGGUGAGUGCUUUAAUUUGUGCGCGAAGUUAGCGUUUGUAACCUGUAUAAGGCCACAGCAAGUAAUUUUUUCAGGAUGGCAUCAGCACGUGCACGCAUUAAUUUUCGCCUGAAUUUGGAAAAAAAUAAGAAUU